AUGGCGGCCGACGUGGAGGCGUCGCUGGAGCUGAGUCUGUCGGGCAGCUACGCGGGCCCCGGGUCCUGGCCGCCCGCCCGCUCCCGCAUUUUCAAGAUCAUCGUGAUCGGGGACUCCAACGUGGGCAAAACGUGCCUCACCUACCGCUUCUGCGCGGGGCGCUUUCCCGAGCGCACGGAAGCGACUAUCGGGGUGGACUUCCGCGAGCGAGCCGUCGACAUCGACGCCGAGAGAAUCAAGAUCCAGCUCUGGGAUACAGCAGGACAGGAACGUUUUAGGAAGAGUAUGGUGCAGCAUUAUUACAGGAAUGUACAUGCAGUUGUGUUUGUAUAUGAUAUGACAAAUAUUGCUAGCUUUCACAGUUUGCCACUGUGGAUUGAAGAGUGCAAGCAACACUUGCUCACCAAUGAUAUACCCCGGAUUUUGGUUGGAAACAAAUGCGAUCUGAGGAAUGCGAUUCAGGUGCCUACAGAUGUGGCUCAGAAAUUUGCUGACACUUAUGGUAUGCCACUAUUUGAAACUUCUGCCAAAAACCCAAAUGACAAUGAUCAUGUGGAAGCCAUAUUUAUGACAUUGGCUCAUAAGCUAAAGAGCCACAAGCCACUCAUGCUUAGUCAGUUACCAGAUAAUACAGUUCACUUGAAACCAGCAUCAAAACCUACAAUGACAUGUUGGUGUUAAUUUGCAGUAUAUUUGCAUUCAGCAUUGUAUUAUUCUCUUUGCCAGAGCUUUAAGAAUGCAAUGUUUUGAUUUAAUAAGAAUUAUCUUCUGCUAGGCACUUUAUUCAGUUGUUUCAUAUGUAGAAGUUUAGUAUGUGCACUUGGUAAGCUGCAGCAUCUAAAUCAGGGGUGUCAAACAUCCGGAAGCCACGCCCACCCCAUUGCAAAACCGUCCCGAUACGUUGUGCGAUGUCACAUGACAUCACGAGUUUGACAUGUCUGAUCUAAAUGAAUGACAAAGUUUAGGGAACUGUUUUUGUUUUUAGGGAAUUUUUUAAUCUGUACAAAUAGAUUGUUUUACAGAAAAAAUGGUCUCUUCGUUUUUAGAGCUUUUCUCCAAUACAGUGUGGAUAUUUAAAAAUGUAUUAAGUCAGAUCUCUGCCUUUAUUGUUCAGCUUAAGAAUACUAUCUUUCUAUGGAGGUCCAAAAAUCAGUUUAAAAUUAUAAUCCUAAUUAUUUGGUACAUAGUUUUAUGAAAAUACAAUGGAAGAAAGGUUCAAUAUGAAUAAAGUAUUAGAAAUCUU